AACAAAAAACUUCAAUCGAGAAUUACCUUUCACACCUGCAACACGAGCUCGUUGCACAACGUGCGUAGAGUAGCAAAGAAAGCAGCCAACGGCAGCCCAUCGCUCAUCAUCAGCGUCCAUCAUCAUCGUACCGACAACAAGCAUAGAUAUUAAUGCUGCCAACAACAACAACAAAAAAGCAUGCGGCGCCUUUAGCAACACCAUAACACUCGAGCACUCGAACAACGAACGAGCCCAGCCAGCUAACCAAUCAACCAACUUGCUAGCCAAGUCAGCGACAGUUGCUGCCAGUUGACAACACCACUCAUAGCGGCAGUGGUAGCCAGUGACAGCAUCAGCAGCAACAGAAAAAAAUAAACAGCAACUUCUGCGUACUCAAUUUCAUUACGCUUAUUAAGCGUCAACAGCAACAGCUGCACUUUUCCGCUUUUUUCAUUCAUUCAUUAGUUAAUGCUAUUAAUAUAUUUUCACGCGACAUCACACACACACGCACACCCAUAUUUUUUCUCCCUACACCGCCUGCCACUGCUGUGCUCACCUCCGCGUAUAUUCACGCGGUGUCACUCAGCCAGUGGUGAUGUUGCACGAAUGAUUGUGAGUGACGCGUGAAAUGACAAUAAAGUUGCAUGCAUCCUCUUAGCAAAAUGUUGCUUGCAGGCGUUGGCCAACGUUGGUAUUUGUGAUGUGUCAGGCAGAAAAUUAAGGCGAAAAUACUUAAUAUUUGUGAAAAUUUGGGAAAGUUGUGUGAAAUUUAAAUUACUGAAGGCUAUUUGAGAUUUUUCGACAAUCAAAGGCAGGGGAAGAAAACGCGAAUUUGUGAAUUACAAAAAAAAAAAAAACAACAACCGAACAAAAAAAGAAAGCGUGCUACGUAGUGUAAAUAAUAUUUUAUGAAUUCAGUGGACUACGUACGGAGCACGAAAAUGGAUACCGUUUACGGCACAAAAAAAUACUUUCAGAGCCUAUCUGGUGCUAGCGACAUCUAUCGGACGCCGGCGUGUCGCGCCGUGUCUAACGAUUACACCUACCAAAACACACUGGGUCGCCGUUCAACACUCGGCGCCUAUUAUCACAUGAACAAACAACCUUCAUACACGAACGAACUCAGUCAGUACGGUUACAAUGCGUGGGGUAUAUGGCGUGACGGCCGCAACAUAGCACCUUCGACUUUCUCCGCCAAAACGCACACCCACUAUCAAAAGCCGCGUUCAUUCUCCAUUAUACUUACGACAGCUGUAUUUAUUGUAUUACUCGCCGUGAUCUCAAUAGCCGGAUUGGCGUUCUACUUCAGUUCUGUGAAAGCGAAUUUGGAGGAUCCUGUGCUUGGUUUCGAUGGUUCGUUUCGUAUAGCGAAGGGUGAUCUCUUUUCGACGGGUCUAAAAUAUAACCACACGACUACUUACAAACAGAAAGUCGAAUUUUAUAAGCGCUUCAUUGAGCGCUCACUAAUGGAUAAUGGCUUGCAACCGCUGCGCGUGGACACGUGGGGCUUUGGUGAGGGUCCACUGAUAAAGGUGUCUUUUCGUACCUUCCUGGAUGUGAGGAAAUUGCCACAGAAUAUCCACAGCGUCGAAGACUACAUAAAGGAAUCGCUCUUUCUGGAAACCACAGCUGCUAAGUCACUGUAUCGUUCUCUGCGCAUAGACGCCGAAUCGGUGGAGAUCAAACGUAUACUCGAUGAAUCUGUGGUACGAUCAGCUUCACUUUUCAAGGAUGCUGCCCAACAACCCACUAGCCAGUCCCAGCUUGAGAAGCGACUUAUGAAGAAACCGAAUACACCCCCGCUGCUCUCAAAACCCGCCACUACUGCAAAAUCACGCACCACUUAUCGUCCACAUUCCAUAGACGAUGAACCAGACGUGGAUGUAGAGAAUGCGCCAGUCAUACAAGGUUCAUUCGAGGGUUCAUUCGAAAUUACGAAAACGGAUGCUGAUAUCUCGCGCAAGAAGGUGACCACGCCCACAAAAGCGUACACUAACUUACCACCAAAAGCGGUGACACCAUUUGCGUUACGCGUGAAGCCGAAGAAGCCUGCUAUUGAGAAGCUAACUACCGUAAUACCGCAGCAUCAACCUUCAACGACGACAUUAUCAACGACAUCUACAAGAGGCACUAGCACCACUAAGAAGACUACGACCACUAGAGGAACCACGCCCACCACGUCAAAGGCGACGACGACGACGACAACAACAACUACAACGGAGAAACCGACCACAAGCACUACCAGCACCUCGAGCACGUCCACAACCACAACGACAACCACUACAACACCGCCAUCCACUACAACUACGACUACUAAAGCAUCGACUACCACACCCGCACCUACAACCAUCAAACAAAUUACAUUCCCACCACCGACCGCUUUUACGCCUAAACAACAAUUUAGUUUGCCACCAAUGACCACACCGUCCGUUUCUUUGUCAGUGCCAAAAUUGGACGCAAGUCUCUUUACCUCCGUACCUGUGCUUGAUACUCAACCAUGGCGUCCGAUACAUCGCGAAGUGCCUGAACUAAUACCUGGUCCACCACCUGCAUUCCCCACAAAAACAUUAGCUGGUGCGGAUAUGCCAUUGCCGGUGGUGCCACUUUCACCAGUUUUCAGAGCCGACAUGCCUACGCGACGCAUCGAUGAAUUCGAAUUGCCAUUUAUAUCGGAGAACCCUUCACCGCCAACACCACCUGCCUUUAAUCCAUAUGCACCCGGUUUCUUUGGUACUGCUGUACGCAAACCGGAGAUGAGUGCCGAGGCACCGAGUCCACAAGAUAUGAUAUUCUAUCAUAGUUUCGGCAAUCCAGUUUUUAUGCCAGGCACGGAAGAUAUUGAGCGGCUAGGUGCUGGUGCACAUGUUAAACCACAUCCACUGCCAGUGCCACUGAUUGAUGACGUAAUUGUGCCACCAUUCAAACCGCUGAUACCGGCUAAGGAGAAAGAAACGAUUGAAACCAAUGAUAAAUUUGAGCAUCUCGGUGGUGGUGUAAUCGUCAAGAAGCACGAAUUGGAGUUGGCGAAGGGAGAAGAGAAAUCCAAAACUAAAGUUAAUGUGGAAGCCAUAGAAAGUGAAACUGUAAUACCAAAAUUAACGGAGAAGGUUACAAGUACUACGUUUAGACCAAAGGUCAGCACACCGAAUAUCAAUCGCAUAGAAUCUAGCGCAAACUCCGAGUUGGCUGACACAAUCGGUGAAUUUUUCAUGGGUCUGCUGAACUUACCUAAAGAAGAUACACACAAUGCUACGAAAGCGCUUGAGGAACCUAUUGAGUCGCGUGUUGAGCCUGAAGAGAAUAUCGAAGAGGCUGAAUCAGAACCUGAACCAGAAAUUAAAGCCGCCGAGGUGGAGGAGGAGCAGAUUGAGGAAAUAGCUACUGAGUCGAUAGUAGAACAUGAACCCGCAUCCGUGCAAACGUUUGCAAAGCCAGUGGAUGAGGUAGUCGAGGAAGUUUUAACCACAGCUAAGCCGACUUUUCUGAAUAUCAAAGAGCUCAUUUUGAAACGCAAUCAGGCUAAGAAUCAAACGCGCAAUAUCGAGAAUAACAUAACUGGUCGGCCCACACCCACAACGUCACCACCAUCUACGACUACCACAACGACCACAGCGCCUUCCAGUACGACUUUCAAACCACCGGUAGCAAAUUGGAAUCGCUUACGGCCCGCAUACAAUCCGAAACCUUCUACAAUACUAGACGACUCAAAUCUCUUCCCCUCACAGUCCAAAUGGGAAUUUGUGAAUAGUUCAUCGACCAAUAGCUUCGGUCAUACGGGUAAUAUGCGUAAGGUAUUCAAUAAGACACUGCAGGCGUGGAUAUCUGAGGAUGUGGGCAGCGGCAAUACAGAGGAUAAUUUUACGCUGAAUGAUAUUAAGACACGCAUAAAUAAUGCAACCAACAUACAAGAUAUUUCGCUCAUCUUCGAUACACUGGCGUCCAAGCUGGGCAUUACCCCCAUUGUACCGACAAAAGUACCACCAUUCUCACAAAACAAGAUGAAACAUCCACAAGUCAUGAAUGUAAGCAGAACAAAAUUACCAACCACAACCACAACCACAAGCACAAGCACAACAACAACCACAAUACGACCAAACGUCAUUAGAGAUAGACCAGCAACAUCAGUGUAUUGGAUGCCCACAACUAGACGAGGCACAAUAACUGCAAUUCCUGCAAACGAGACUAGAAGGCCGUGGACGUCAACAACAACAAGAAGGGCGACUACUACCACAACGACAAUCACACCGCCGACAAUGCCAACGUUGAGAACGAGGCCAGAUAUCUCUACAACGACAACCACAAAAGCGCCAAUGCCAUUGGCAUUGCCAUCGCCGACAGCAACAACACAAAAUUCCAUUGAACUUCCGUUGCAGCGACGUGAGCCAUUCAUCAAACCCAUGUCCAGUUUCAUGGAGGACACAUCGUCCGAGGGCAUUGGCGCAGCCAUACCAGUAGUGGGUGAGGCCGAGGUGGAGGUCAUCGACCCAAAUAAAUACGAGGAAAUGUUGAAGUCAUCACAGUUUGCGGCGGAUACAACAACGGAAACGGCACCACAAUUGGUGACGUUGCUGCCAGUGCGUUCCAACUCGGGCAUACGCACCUACAGGCCAACGCUGGACGAGUCCGAGGCGCGAAGCAAUGAUCAAUUGCCAGUGGCCAAGGUAGAGGCGGAGGCGGAGGCACAGCCAAUUGCAUUGGAGGUGGAAGGUACUGGUCAGGUUGAAGUCGUGCCGGAAGCAGUUGGCGAGUCAACAGGAGCCGUGACAGCAGAGCCAGUGGAAGCUGCAGCUGAAGCAGUGUCAACAACAUCAAAGAGACCGAGUAUUGUCAAUGUAGCACGACGAGGCGGCAGCGGUGGCGGGUUUUUCGCAGGCAUACAGAGGAAGAGCGAUAUUAGUCAGGCGAGAAGAUUUCCGCCAGCGGAGGCUGUUGUCAAAGGAGGGUUGCACGUAAAAGUGAAGUGAAGUGAAUGAAAGGCAAAAAAAUUGAAGUGAAUUGUGAAAAAAGUAAGAAAUGAAGAAAUAACUCUGUUGGUGGAGAAAUAGCGUGCAUAUGCAUCAUUUUGGAAAAUAUGCAAAGAAAAAGGCGAAAAUAUUUUUUAAAGCAAACGACAAGAAAUGCAGGAAAAGUGAAUUGUGGGCUAGAAAACUUAAUGAAAGGUAUUUAGUCAAAUUAAAUGUGGAAAUUUGGGAUCAUAGCAAAUGCUUCCUAAAGGUAGCGCAUAUUUUCAAUACACAGCGUUUUUAGUAUUUACAACUUAGUCAGUACUGCAACAGGUUCUUGUUCAUUAGUUGUUAGCUGUCAGGCUGCUUGACGGGAGACGUUAACAAUUUUUGAGUGACAACAUUUAAUUUAUAAUGAAAUUCAGGUUUUGUAAUUUUUAGAUAAUAUUUCCUAGAUUUUGACGGUUCUAAGAGUAGUUUUAUGCAAUAAAUUUC